AUGCUUUUUAGUACUUAUACAGCACUUCGCAGCAAACGUCGUGUUACAGUAAAUAAAAAGAUGGAGCCAAGAAAUCUAACCGAUCAAAUAAUGAGAACACUUGAUAAUAUGAUUGAUCCUCACGCAGAUAUAGAACAAAGAGUAUCACAAAUGAGAGCUCAGCUAGCAGCUCUCUCCGAACUGCCUCGUCUCAUCCAGGAGAGAGUGGAUGCUGUUAAGCAUCAGAUUGACCAAUUCAGUCAAAUGGAUGCAUUCAAACAAGUUCACCAAGAACAAUAUGUCCAAAUCACACAACCGGGAAAAGAAAUAAUACACCCAAUCGAAAGAAUACCAGAAGAACCAGCUGACACUGUAGAGAUAACAGAAAUAGAAUCUCCAGAAAAAGAAGAAAGGUUUAUUGAAAUCCAGAAACCAAUUGAAGUAAAAAGCAGAACGCCUGAGAGAGCAGUGGAAAUAAGAAUAACCAAGCCAAGCUUGGCUGAAGAAGAACUUGCGAAAGAAGAAGUAAAGAGAAUGUUAGAAGAGAAAAUAAAAAUGGAAAAGGAGAAGGAGCUAAUACACAAAAUUAAUUUUGAGCAAGAACAAAAAAUCCAACCCAUUCCAACAUCUAUUCAAACACCCCAACGAGCUAGAAGUCCUUCUCCUCGUCCCCAACCUGUCUUUGGUCCAGCACCUAAAGAAAGACCACUAGGGCUAUCUGGAGGAAGAAAGUGGAGACGCUCUCAUGAAGAAUAUGAUGAAGAACAGAUUCAGGAAACUUUGACUGCUCAGGCUGAAGUUAUCAAAGGGAAAGCUAUUGGAGUCAAUUUUAUGAAAUACGAGAAACCUCCUCCUCCCCUCGACCACUUGCAGCACUCUGAAGUAUACAAAGUGGUACACAACAUGGAUGAAACUCCGUUGAAAAAGGUCGCCAUGUUGAAGCCAGUUAUCGCUGAGGCUGAUUAUAGAGAAAGAGCACGUUCGAUGUCUCCUUGCCCUAAUGGACGG